GCGCCGCGGACACACAGAAAAAGGCGGCUCCUUUCCGCCGCUGGCACGCGCCCCAACCCCCGCCGGGCAGACCGCGGAUGACUCCCACCGCCGCCGCGCCCAUCCGCCAGCACCUCCCCUCCUCCUCCUCCUCGGCGCGCUCCGGCAACCUGCGCCUCCCCGCCCGCCUGCGCCUGCCCGCUCGCCCCCGCGCCGCCCCCUCGGCCUCCAUGUCGGCCGAGCCGCGGCCGGCGCCGUCGCCCGUGCCGCCGCCGGCGCACCCCACCUACGACCUUAGCGCCGUCAUCGCCCUCGCCCUCUCCGAGGACGCCGGCCACCGAGGGGAUGUGUCGUGUUUGGCUACCAUACCAACCGAUGUAAAGGCUGAAGCCACUUUUAUCGCUAAGGAGGAUGGUGUCAUCGCAGGCAUAAGCCUAGCUGAGAUGAUAUUUAACCAAGUUGAUCCAUCGUUGAAGGUUCAAUGGUUUGAGACUGAUGGAAAUUAUGUCCAUAAGGGAUUGCAGUUUGGCAAAGUAUAUGGGUGUGCCCAGAGUAUUAUUGUUGCUGAGAGGGUUGUGCUAAAUUUCAUGCAAAGAAUGAGUGGAAUCGCUACAAUGACAAAGGCCAUGGCUGAUGCUGCUCGUCCAGCAUGCAUAUUGGAAACAAGAAAAACUGCUCCAGGUUUACGUCUGGUUGACAAGUGGGCAGUACUAAUUGGUGGUGGGAAGAAUCACAGGCUUGGAUUAUUUGAUAUGGUUAUGAUAAAAGAUAAUCAUAUUUCUGUUGCCGGGGGUAUUACAAAUGCAAUGACAUCUGUUGAUCAGUUCUUGGUGAAGGAAAACCUUGCAGUUCCUGUUGAGGUCGAGACAAGGACACUCGAGGAAGUUAGAGAUUUAUUGAAGUAUACUGAUGAGAACAAGACUUCAUUAACUCGUAUAAUGUUGGAUAAUAUGGUUGUCCCUCUUCCCAAUGGGGAUCUAGAUGUAUCAAUGCUCAAAGAUGCAGUUCAGUUGAUAAAUGGAAGAUUUGAGACCGAGGCAUCUGGAAAUGUGACGAUCGACACGGUGAAGAAAAUCGGAGAGACUGGAGUUACAUACAUUUCAAGUGGAGCGUUGACGCAUUCCGUGAAGGCGCUCGACAUAUCCCUCAAGAUAGACACCGAGCUGGCUCUUCAAGUUGGAAGGCGUACAAAUCGCGCCUGACACCGCAAGAUGUCUCUCUGCUUGGCGUGCCUGGUCGGUUCGUCAUUCGACAACUUGCUCGCUGUGAUUUCUAACUAAUAUGUGGAUGGUCGAGUAGUUCGGACCAACAAUACAGUUACUACAGUAUACAACGGAACAGCAACAAUAAUAGGCUGAAUGGCCCAGCUUGGAAGCUGGAUCUAGCAAAUGGAGCUUUCAGUCGUUGCCAAACAUUUAAGCCGUUGACUACGUAGGUGGAAAUUGCUGCUAAAUGGCGUGCAAGAAGUUGUAAACAAAAGGUUUUGCCUUGCUUGUUUGCCUUUACUCUUAUUUUUUUGAAAAGGAGGUUAAACUUCGUGCAUCAA